AUGAGGAUCCGGUGCGUUCGUGCUGUGGGUUUCGUUGUGCCACUUCGCACCAGUCGUAAGUUGACCGGUGUGUUUAACGGAUCGAUCACAAUGGCAAUGUCGCGCUUCCUGGUUGUGUGUUCGGUUUUUGGGUUUGCGAUACUGCUGCAACCGUACGGUGGUGGUCAAAUUUGGGCCCAGGAAUUGUUUGGCUUUCCGGCGGAUGUAGUGGUUAAUCCGUACUUGGAAAAUGCACGUAAUCGCACACCUGUUUACUUACCGGGCAAAUGUAGUAAAAACGAAAUCCUCUAUCCUGGUGAUCACGACAACGAUUGGGUGUGUGACUGCCGACCAGGAUAUGUUUACUCCCCGCUCCAGGACAGUUGCUUUCCACUGUUUCAGCAGGGUUUCUGUCAGCCGGGAGAGUACGUGGAUUUAGAGCGACCGUCGAUGAUUGUGAAAUGUACACGCAACAUAUGUACCGGCAAGAAUGAAGUACCGUACAUGGAACGGUGCGUACAGUUGCAUCGGAAUAAUCGGCUAUGCAAAAUUGAGAAACGCAUCAGCUGGGUGAUCGCUGUAAAUACUACUACCUUGGAGUUGGGUUGUGUACAGGGCACUACAGACUUGCUCGAAGUGGUUGUCAAUCGCAACACGGAGGAUAAUGAUGAGACGACCUCAAUGAAGAUGAGAAAGGAACCGGUCGUAUACUUCGAAGGUGUCGAACUGUGCCACAUUGGUACGAAAGCAAAACACAAUGGCCAGUGCCCAUAA